UUCUUCCUCUUCAUGUAUUUGUUAUUUUUUUUUUUUUUUGUUUUUUUGUUGAAUGAAAUACACUUCGCCAUUUUUAAUUGAAUUUUCAAUUGCCAAUUUCAAGUGCGGUUUUGAGUGCAGCGCAUAUUCAUUUGCAAUUUGUUAUCCUUUUAUAUUUGUUUAUUUACAGGAGUUGCAUUAUUGGCCCGGAAUUGACGAUAAAAGUCUGCUCCAUUGGUACUGUGAUAAAUCGUAUCGCUUAUGCGGCCGACUACUGCCAGCUGGAGGGUACUUCCGGACGUCAAACGCAACCGAUGCCCAUACGUUGGAUGGCCUGGGAGAGUGUAUUGCUGGGUAAAUUCACAUCCAAAUCGGAUGUUUGGUCCUUUGCCGUGACGCUCUGGGAGAUAUUAACUUUCGCACGCGAACAACCCUACGAACAUUUGACGGAUGAGAAGGUGAUCGAGAAUAUCGGGCAUAUCUAUGCGGAUGAUAAGUUGCAUGAACUGCUGCCAAUGCCUCUGAAUUGUCCGCGUGAAAUUUACGAUCUAAUGUGCGAAUGCUGGCAACGCAACGAAUCGAGUCGACCCAAUUUCCGCGAAAUUCAUCUCUUUCUGCAACGUAAGAAUUUAGGCUUCAAGCCCAACAACACAAUGCAUUACUAAAACGAAGAGAAGAAUCGAGAUAAAAGGAAUUAACCAACGAUUUUUAAAACUUCUAACAAAAAUUAGUGAACAUUUCAAAAAAUCAGAGGAAAGCGUGUAUAUUAUUAAAAAAAGGAGCCGCUUGAAUGGCAGUGAAUACUUGGUAUUUAACACAAAAACAAAAAAUUAUAGUUGUAAAUUAUAAGCAAAGCUAAACCCGGCGAAUUUACUACUUAAAUAAAACUUAUGUGUGUAGGUGACAGAUGACAAAUGACAAGUGAAAAGUGACAAGUGGAAAGUGGCAAAUGGAAAGUGGCAAAUUGAAAGUGGCCAAUGGAAAGUGGCAAAUGGAACAAAUGACUUAUGACUGGUGACAAGUGACCAAUAACACCUGACACCUGACAACUGACCGCAUAGUGACUAUUAUAUGAGCUGCAAAAUGCAAAGCAAAUAUUAUCAGCUACUUAGU